AUGCUUAUAGGAUUCAAACAACAUAAUCGUUAUAUGAUGUCUCAAGAACUCUAUAUAAACUAUUGAAAAACUUAUUUAAUUGGUAACUCCCUCCCUUGAUGAGCUAGAAGACCUAUUUGAAAAAUCCUAAAUUUUCGGGAAAUUAAUCUUCUCCAUGAGCAGUAAACUUUUUAUAUAAAGUAUUUUCACAUAUAAGCGGCGAUUAAUAUUAAUGAGGCUAUUAGCUGAUCCUUUAAGUUUUUAAUACCUUGCAUUAUAAAGCAUUAACUUAUCAAUCAAUUACACUUUUACUUGAAAUUUAUGCAAAUUGUUAUUUUUGUAACUAAUAUAAAUUUAUAUAUAGCUCAAAUUCCUCUUCAUAGCUCCCCCUUUUAAAUUGGUACAAAAAAUCCUGUUCCACUUUAAAGGAAGCUAAUUUUUUUAAUGCAAAACUAUAUUAAGUGUUUAUAGAGUCUAUUAGCAUUCACAAACUAUAUAAUAUUCGUUCAUGCUCAUGUAAUAACUGCUUAGGCUCUUGCGCAGCUAGUUAUUAUGUGUCUUCAGAUCAAUUCUUGAAGGAAAGGUUGGCCUCUGGUUGGAAUUCAUAUUUAGCGAUUUUCGGCGCUUCAAUGAUAGUUUUCUUUUCAAAAUAUGAUGAAAAAAACAUCAAGAAAAGAAAAAAAGAGACAUUCAGCCUUAUGAAGAACAUCAGCUGACAGAUAGCUUGAGUGAUUCAGUUUCUUAAUGUUAGUUUAUUAUAA